AUGCCUAUCGAACAUGAAACCGCUGCGGUAGCGGCGCAGAACGAGAAAUCGAACGACAUCAAGACCAUACAGUCGACAGACCAGCCCGUCGCCGGCGAGGACAAGCCGCAUGCCGAUGUGACAUACCCACCCGAUAAUGCGAACCGUCGCAAUCCUGCCGGCACACGUCUAGGCUCGCUGCUCAGAGCCUUUGAACAGCAGCUUGUCGAAUAUAACCUGGAGGCGCGCGGCAUUGAGCGAGUGGCAGCGGAUGAGCGCAUGAAGCGACUGUCAUGGGUAUCGUACCUGCAGGCAUUCUUGCUAUGGGUUUCAAUCAACCUGGCGGCGAACAACAUCACUCUGGGGAUGCUGGGGCCUGCUGUCUAUGGGUUGAGCUUUAAGGACUCAGCCCUAACGGCAGUGUUUGGCACCCUUGCGGGUGCCCUGGUGGCGUCGUGGAUGGCUACUUGGGGUCCGAUCUCGGGGAUCAGAACUAUGGCCUUUGGUCGGUACUCGAUGGGUUGGUGGCCCAGCAAGAUUAUCGUUCUGCUGAAUCUCAUCCAAAUGAUUGGAUACUGCUUGAUCGACUGUGUCGUCGGAGGUCAGAUCUUGUCUGCUGUUUCGCCGGGAGGCAUGUCAGUUGCUGUGGGAAUCGUGAUCAUUGCCAUCAUCAGUUGGGUAGUUGCAACUUUUGGCAUCCAAGUUUUCCAUUACUAUGAGCGCUUCGCUUUUCUCCCCCAGCUGAUCGUUGUAUGUAUCCUCUUUGGCGUCUCGGCUACGAAAUUCGACCUGUCCACAGUUUCUGAGGGCGAUUCCCGAACGGUUGCCGGUAACAGGCUAUCGUUUUUCUCCCUCUGUCUCAGUGCAGCAAUUACCUAUUCCCCGCUUGCGGCAGACUUCUUCGUCUACUAUCCCGAGCACACAUCGCGCCUCACAAUCUUUACCCUCACCUUAGCUGGCCUCCUAUUAUCCUUCACCAUGGCUUUAGUGUGCGGCAUCGGCCUCGCCUCCGGAAUCAGCUCCUACCCUGAAUACGCCUCCGCCUAUGAUCGUGGACAGGGGGCCCUCAUCGUGGAAGGCUUCGGUCCCCUCCACGGCUUUGGCAAGUUCUGCUCCGUCAUCAUAGCCCUGGGCCUGAUCGCCAACACCGUCGCUCCCACUUACUCCUCCGGCGUGGACUUCCAGAUCCUCGGUCGCUACGCGGAGAGAGUGCCGCGCGUGAUCUGGAACACGGUCGGCGUCAUCAUCUACACUGUCUGCGCCCUCGCGGGCCGCAGCAACCUUUCCGACAUCUUCACCAACUUCCUCGCCCUUAUGGGCUACUGGGUGGCCAUUUGGUUCGCCAUCAUUAUCGAGGAGUUUUUCUUCUUCCGCUUCCGCACCGGUUACAACUGGGCCGCGUGGCGUGAUCCCUCCAAGCUGCCCAUCGGCAUCGCCGCUUUCAUCGCGUUCGUCAUUGGCUGGGCCGGCGCAAUUUUGUGUAUGGCCCAGGUCUGGUAUAUCGGCCCCAUCGCGAAGCUGGUCGGCGAGUACGGCGCUGAUAUGGGCAACUACGUCGGCUUUACCUGGGCGGCGGUCGUGUAUCCCCCGUUGCGGUAUCUAGAGCUGCGCUUUAUUGGCCGGUAG